GCAAUCCUGGGAGAAGCCAGUUUAGCGGCUGCCCUUCUCUCUCUUGCCCCCUGCCCUGCAGAGCGGCCGGUCUUAACCAAGCAUUUCCUCACCUUGUGCCUUCCAGAUGCCUUGGACGGUAACUCCCAUGCUGGCUGGGGAUGAUUGGUCUGGUUAUCCAGCUCAGCGCCUCCUCGGUAAAGCUGGCACAGGAGGUCAUUAAGGGUAACCCUUCCACUCUAGGCUCAAGCAAGCUAGGCGGUCCAAGGCUCAGGGAAACACGGCUCGUCUUAACCUGGGUGGCUUCUCCAUGGUUUAGACCAGGGGCCUGUCCAACUUUUAAGGCUUGUGGAACUUUCAACUCCCCCAGAAUCCCCCCCAGCCAGCAAGACCCAAGAGACUUCAUCCCAUGCACCCAAUUUGGAAGUUGUGUGUGUUGUUUCCGGUGGUCUUUCCUCCUCCUGUGGAUUCGGAUCAGUAGAGGAGAAGAGACCCAGCUUUUCAAUUCGCACGCACUUACACAUAUACACCCACACACACACUUCUUUGCAGGGCACUCAAACUGGUGGGGAGCUUCCUCUGUCCAUCAGUAGAUGGAGCUCCUGUUUUGCUCUCCCGGUGGAAACCCGCAGGGCCGCUGAGUAGCCCCCCAAAUCGAAAAUUUGGUAGCAGCUCUUGGGACUCGCAGGUUUUAUUCAAAGGCGUCUGCUUCGUGAGAGAGCUGCAGUCCCUGGAGGGGUGUUAAACUUUUCGCUGUCAUCCACUGGAUCCAAGCUGUCACGGCUACUUUGAGCAUCAUGGGGUCGAGCUCAAUUAUCGGCUACACCGUAUUCCAGAACACAGCCAGAUCCCCCGAGGUGCGCCCCCUGGUCUACCUGAGCCUCUCCGAUCUCUUCCUGGGGUUGUGCUGGCUCACGGGGGCCCUCCUGUACAGCCGAGAAGCUUCCCACCCAACUGGGGAAGGCAACACCUGCUACAACUUGCAAGUCACCGGACAGAUCUUCUACGUCGCCUCUUUUCUGUACACCGUUAAUUAUACCUGGCAGCUCUACACGGAUUUGAGAGGGAAAUUCAACCAGCACUUACAUAGCCAGAUGCCGCAGAUGACGGGCUAUUCAAAUCGCCUUGGCCGAAUAGUGAUUCUCUUCUCUAGCCUCAUCCCCAUCUUCCUGAUGGCUCCUGUUUUGGGGCUGGGCAACCACUUCCAGUGUCCUCAGAACGUCACCACAGAACAUGGAUGCCUCCUGUUGCACACGGGAAACAUGCUCAGCACCGGAUCAUCCCAGCACGUCACCUGUGCCGUUUUGUGUUUGUACAGCACCGGAGUGUUCCUGGUCUCGUUUAUGCUCAGCUUCCUGGCAAUUCUGACCCUGCUCAUCCGAGCCAGGAUGCUGUACAAGCGGUUUGUGAACUCUAUGGGUUACGUCGGCGAUCAACAGUGGGAGAUGUUGAAGGUGGUCGAGCAGGCUGUGGUCCUGUACCCCGUGGUGUUUUUCUGCUGCUGGGGGCCAGCCUUUAUCCUCGGCAUCGUCAAGCUGGCACGUAUGGACAAUGCCAGUGUUUACAUGGCCCUUUAUGUUCUAGAGGCCCUGACCGCGUCUUCCCAGGGGUUCCUGAACUGCGUGGUUUACGGCUGGACCCAGCACAUGUUCCACUGUGUGAAACGCAAGGCUUGCCGUGAUGUCAACACCCAGACGCCUCUCCUGCGUUCCCAGAAGAGGUUCUACGCCAGCACCCUCCCGGCCCGUUCUCAGGCGGUGGCUAAGCCCUCCUCUCCCGCCACAACCACCGUGUUAUGAACGGGAGACACGGAGCGUGUGAAACUCUCUUCUUGCUCACAUUGAGAAGUGCGCCCAUCAAAACAGAUCGAAGGCAGAUGUGUGACAUUAAAGAGCUGCCUUAGAAGGGCUACAAGAGAAUUCAAGUGCCAUUGGACGGGAAGAAACCGAAGGACUCCUUAGAUUUAAAUAGUCACUAUUUAUUUGAGGGAAAUCAAACAUUGGGGAGGGUGGAGAGGACUGCAUUUUUAGACUGCAUCGCAUUCCCCCCCCCCCCAUGAGAGACAGUUUCCCCAGGGAUACAGCAUCACUGAGAACUUGGAAUGUGUGGUGCCACCACCUUGGGAAUUACCCUUUCAUUUCAGUCCUGCUGGUGGAAUAUUUUACAACUUCCUGCCAAACAGUAAAACGUACAAGGGUGUGGAUGGAUUUCUGUUCCUUUUGAUUCCAGGAUGGCCAGAAAGCACACCUUCCUUAUCUUACUACUGUUUUAACACCUCCCAAAAAAAUUCUAAUGGGAUCCCAGCGGAUCCCAAUGUCAUGGCUCCCCCACCCUCCAAAACUCCCGUCAAAACUGAAAAAACAGUUUUAUCUCCCAGGAAUCCUUUUCAAUCCGCCCUAAGAUCCCUUCACCCUCCUUGCAGAGAUGGCUACGCUGAGCGGAUGAUCUUAACCAGCAUUCUUAGACGAGAUCUUAUUUCAGGGAAUCUUGGGGAGUCUCAACAUCUUGCCGGAGGCCGUCUCAUUCCUUUUUCUGUUG